UCUACCCAGGCCUGUUUCCCGUGGGAAAAAAAAAAAAAAAAACCUCGCGAGACUUCGCGAGAGCCCGAGCGAAGGCCUGGAAGUGGAUAAAUUGGGGACGUAGAAGGAACCCGCCCCGACAUCUCGCGCAAGUAGACAAAAGCGGCAAAUAAAUCUCCCUUCUCUAGCCCCACAGGAGAGUGAAGAAGGAAAUCUCGCGAGGCUGGGCGGCUCACGGAGCGUUUGCUGGAGAGGGUCAGCGGAGGUUUCCACCGGCAAGUGAUGGGGCUGAAGCUAAAUUCGGCUGUUCGGCUGGCUUUCCCCGCCGCUCAUUCGCUGUCUCUUCCUGCAUCUGCGUCUGCUUGCCGAAGAAACUGAGCAGGCUCGCAGUCUCUUCCCUUGGGUCCCUCGGUCCCCGUUGGCAUAGGCUUUGAGUCCCUAAUCGCCACAGCUAACGGCUGCGAGAGAUUGAGACCGGAGUAAGUGGAAUAAAUUCAGGGACGAGAGAGAGUUAAGGCGAGUCGGAAGCUUCCUUCCCCUCAGCCGCUUCGGUGCUUUGCAUGUGGAAAUUACCGGCUGCCGGCAUUAGCUGUCUCCUUCCGCACUCCCCACUCCUGGGAGCCGGCGAACUUCCUCUUCCCGUCCUCAGCUCUGAGCUCUUCUUGCAAGACUGAGGUUGGAAUCUAGGACUGUUUAGUGAUUCCCGUUACUUGAAUUAUCCUGUUAAACCAAGAUAUUCCUUCAGAAAUGAGUUGUACAAUUGAAAAGGCACUUGCUGAUGCUAAAGCUCUUGUUGAAAGAUUGAGAGAUCAUGACAAUGUAGCAGAAUCUCUUAUUGAGCAAACCACAGCUCUCAACAAGCGAGUAGAAGCCAUGAAGCAGUAUCAGGAAGAAAUUCAAGAACUUAACGAAGUCGCAAGACACCGGCCACGGUCCACAUUAGUUAUGGGAAUCCAACAAGAAAACAGACAAAUCAGAGAACUGCAACAAGAGAACAAAGAAUUGCGUACAUCCCUGGAAGAGCAUCAGUCUGCCUUGGAAUUAAUAAUGAGCAAGUAUCGAGAACAAAUGUUUAGAUUGUUAAUGGCUAGCAAAAAAGAUGACCCGGGUAUAAUAAUGAAGUUAAAAGAGCAGCACUCCAAGAUUGACAUGGUACAUCGUAACAGCUCCGAAGGAUUCUUCCUUGAUGCAUCUCGACACUUCCUUGAAGCACCUCAACAUGGACUGGAGAGGAGACACUUGGAAGCAAAUCAGAAUGAAUUACAAGCACAUGUUGACCAGAUCACUGAAAUGGCAGCAGUAAUGAGAAAAGCAAUUGAAAUUGAUGAGCAGCAAGGUUGCAGGGAACAGGAACGAAUAUUUCAACUUGAACAAGAAAACAAAGGCUUGAGAGAGAUCCUUCAAAUAACUCGAGAAUCAUUUUUGAACCUUAAGAAAGAUGAUGCGUCAGAAAGUACAUCUUUGUCAGCAUUAGUGACCAAUAGUGACCUGAGUCUGCGGAAGAGCUGAAGAGCCUCUAAGUCUAUGAGCUUCUUAUAGAGCUUCAUAUGGUUACUAGGACUUGCCUACUAAAUGAAUGAAUUAACGAAAAAAGUCAAUCUCUAUUAACUCUUUGUUUUAUUUUUUAUAAAUACUAUGUACAAUACACUGGCAAUGACAUUUUUAAGAAAUAGCAACAAAAAAAAAAUGUUUACUUAAUGGUCAUAGACUUUAUUCCAAAACAUAAUUGAAAAAUAGAAACUGAGCCCUUGUUAACUGGAGAACACAUGAAAGGUUUUGACAGUUACUGCUGAAUAUAUCGAGAACUUUCAGCACUGCUUUUGGCAUUCUGUAUGAUACUUGGAUAAACUUGAGUAUUUCCAAUAAAUGUUUGGAAAUUUAUAGAAUUAUUCCAUGUUAAAAAUACAAAUUUUGCCACCAUAUUGUAAAUGGAAGAUCGUCAUACUAAAUUUUAUCCUUCCUUAUUGGUAUUACAGUUAACAAAUGGCUUAGGCACCAUGAGACUUCAGAUUCAGUGAUUGCCUAUCAUCCCAUUAAUUUAAAUUUUUGUCAAAGAAAAUUCAGUUUAAAAAACUAAGAAUGUUUCAUAUGCACCAUAAAUAAAAGGUUGAUUUUUGCUACUUUAUGAUAAUUGAUA